AUGGAUAUUGUGCUAGAGAUUUGCGACACCUUCGUGUUCGACAAGGUGUUCGCCACUUUGCUGCCAAGCUCUUUGGCACGCUACAUGCCGCAGAAACCCAAGGCUAUUGACAACCUGGCUGAAUUUAUCAACAACGGCACGCAGGCCGCUAUUGCCUACUCCGAGGCCGCAAACUUGCCACAGAUCUUCAGCUUCAACAAGGAGAUUUAUGGCGUCAACAACAAGUACCACUUCUUUGACGAGAGCCCUUAUGCGCACUUGUCUCUGUUGGGAAGAUCCAACAUCAUCAGGCAGUCGAUUUCCUUGUUUUUCAUCAUGACCAUUUUUGGUUGGCUGCUCUAUUUCAGCGUCGCCGCCUUGUCGUACCACUUUGUGUACGACAAGACCAACUUCAACCACCCAAGAUAUUUGAAGAACCAGAUGUCUUUGGAGAUCAAACAGGCCACUAGUGCCAUCCCGGUCAUGGUGAUCCUCACGAUUCCUUGGUUUUUGCUCGAGCUACACGGCCACUCAAAACUAUAUUAUGACGUUAACGAGUCCACCGGUGGAUGGUGGGCCCUGGUGUACCAGAUUCCAACCUUCAUCAUGUUUACCGACUGCGGUAUCUAUUUCAUCCAUAGAUGGUUGCACUGGCCGUCUGUGUACAAAGUGCUGCACAAGCCUCACCACAAGUGGAUUGUUUGCACGCCCUUCGCAUCCCACGCCUUCCAUCCGGUCGAUGGCUAUGCGCAGUCGCUGCCAUACCACUGGUAUCCGUUUUUGUUCCCUCUACACAAGAUUUCAUACCUUUUGCUGUUUACGUUUGUGAAUUUCUGGACCGUCAUGAUCCACGACGGCGAAUACAUGUCAGACGAUCCUGUUGUGAACGGAGCUGCGUGCCACACCAUCCAUCACAUGUACUUCAACUACAACUACGGCCAGUUCACCACUCUUUGGGACCGGCUGGGUGGUUCUUACAGGAAGCCAGACAAAGAGCUGUUCAGCAAACAGACCAAAAAAGAUAAAAAAUACUGGGCCAAGCAGACUCAGAACACGGACAAGAUCCGGUCCGAGCUGGAGGGUGACAAGGACGACAGAGAGUACGGUACAGAGGAGGCCAUUCUCAAGAAGAGAACAGGAUUAACGAAAUGA